UCGUUGCUCUUUCUCACAGAAGGACCACAGUCUAAGGUAUUCUGCCAAAAUACACUGAGGCUGGGUUCAGUUGCCUCUAAUUGCCUCAAAUGUAGGCAAAUAGUAUCCCGAGUUAGGGUGAAGUGCCAUCGGUCUUUGCUGGUAAAAAAAUUCAAUUACUUCAAUCUGGGAAGAUUUCUGAAGCCGCCGAAGAGAGACAGUGAAAAUAAAACAGAAACUAUUGGGUCGUUGGAGUUGAAAGAAAAUCUGCUUCCUUCCCACAGAUCUGCUGAGCUUCUCCAGCAUUUGCUAUUUUUAUUACUGAUUUUCAGCACCCGCCGUUCUUUGUUUCAUUUCAGAGAAACAAUGAAAUGUAGAGCGUGAAUGCAGAAUGAGGAAAGAGAGCGACACUUUUGGGGAAAUACAUUAUCCCCUUCUCCAGCCCCUUGACCCUCACUCAGGGACAGGGGGUGGAGCUGGUGAGGGGGCUGUUCUGACUAGACAAAACAGAUCUCGCAAUGCAAUUAAUGAAUGAGUAAAUAAAUAAAUAAGAUUUGAACCGGUUAGACGGGCCCCACCGUGUCCUGCAGCUCUACACAGUAACGCCCAGAGAGGCUGGGCCGAACCCACCCCCAACCCUCAUUAGAAACAGCCCAGACACUCAGUCGGAGAGGGGAGAAGCUGGAGUCUGAAUCAUGUCCCUCGGCUCACGAUCGUGUUUCUGGAGAUCAGCGAUUCUCAUUCUUCGCCUCCUGGAUCUAAGGAACAGAGUUCUGGCGUCUGGAGUAUCCGAGUGGACUUACACUGGAGAUCAUGGGGAAGAUCAUUGGGAAUCCACCUAUCCAGAAUGUGGGAAUCAUCAGCAGUCACCCAUUGACUUUCACACUGGCAUCUUUGAGUAUGAUCCAACUCUGGAACCUAUCCAGUUGCUAGGCUACAACCUAUCAGCAGCAGAGAAUUUCUCUUUAAUCAAUGACGGGCAUGCAGUAAAAAUGGCCUUGCCUCCAACCAUGCAAAUGAUCUGUGCAUCUCAUCGCUACACUGCUGUCCAACUCCAUUUGCACUGGGGGAGUGAAACUGAGACUCUGGGCUCUGAACACACCAUCAGUGGACGGCAUUAUCCAUCAGAGUUACAUAUUGUCCACUAUAACUCUGAGAAAUACGGAGAUAUUUCCACAGCACAAGACAAGGCUGAUGGGCUGGCUGUUCUGGGAAUUCUAAUUGAGAUUGGAUCCUUCAAUGCUGCUUAUGAACAGAUAUUUUCUCAUUUAACCGAAAUCCAGUUUAAAGGUAAAGAGAUCAAGAUGCCUGGUUUUAAUAUUAAUGAUCUUCUCCCUCGAGAGCUGGAUGAAUACUUUCGUUAUAAUGGCUCCUUAACCACCCCUCCAUGUUACCCCAGUGUGCUGUGGACAGUUUUCAGGAAACCUGUGCAAAUUUCUCGAGAGCAGCUGUCAGAGUUACAAAAAGACUUAUACUUCUCACGAAUGGAUGAAGCCAAUCAAACAGAAAUGGUGAACAAUUACAGACAUGUUCAGAAGCUUUGGGAGAGGGAAGUGUUCAUCUCAUUCUAUGAAGAUACUCUAAAUGCUGAACAUAAGCUGGCAUUCGGUGUAAUCGUGACUAUUGCCUUGGGUUGUUUGCUGUGUGUUAUGGUUGCUUCAGCUCUGACCGUUUUCUUCCUACGGAAAAGGUGCAAGCAGCAAAGGCAGACAAGACAGUCACCCCAGAGGGGAGCACAGAGAACACAACAGAAUAAACCACACAGAAGCACCACUGCACUUCCUGACGAAAGACUUUGCUGCUCGUCGGAUGCUGCCUGAAUUGCUGUGCUCUUCCAGCACCACUGAUCCAGAAAGACUUUGACUGUUAACUUUAUUUUAACUGCAAAAUGUAUACCUGUAUAUAUUUCACUGUGGUUAAGUGUCGCGACUGUUGGGAGCAUGUCAGGAUUUGAAGAUAACCUCUUCUAUAAAACCCACCUAAGUUUGCAUGGGAACUGAACUGUCUGCUACACACUGGUACGAUCAGAGAAGUCCCUAUUUGUGGAUACCCCAGUGUGGACCCCUCGUGACCUGUAUAAAGUAGAGACACCUUGGAAGCAGCAUGUAAAGGGCAGACAGGGAAAUACAGGCAGGGACUCCAUGGUAGAUGUGUGCAGCUGGACAGGACCACCAGCCCAUGGGGCCGGGCACCCCAGCCUAGGGAAGGGAAGACCCACUUAAAACCUGGUAAUUAACCACUCUUUCACAAGGCAGGGAUGGGGAUAUGUUUCUGCUCUGGUUCCUAAAAAUGAUUCAUGCGCCCAGACUCAGUGCACUUAUCAGCACCGUACGGUCACGAGUGGACAGUUUAUCUACACCCGCAGUUCAUAUGUGGUCAGUGCAAUGACACCCAUGUCAGCUCUGCCACAUGGACAUACCCAUUUGACACUUACCAAGUGGGAUGGCACCCAAGGGAUCAGGGGCGACGUGGGUGGACAGACAGACGGAAGGGCAGGACAACGUAUGUUACCGAGAUGCGAAGGGAUUUGUUUUUCUAUUUACGGGGACUUAAGUAACAGACACCCCAGACCUCCCAAAAGUGUUCGUGGUAGGGACAAUUGCGCCCCUUACUGUGCCAUGCCCCAGUGGGGGACAUGUUCGGAGAAGGAUAGUGACCCGCUCCAUGAGUCAGGAAUUCUGUGCUGACAGGCAGGUCCCCACCAAUUUGGGGUCAUCACUGGAGUAUGGAUUUCUGGGAUUUCUAUCUUUGGGGGGUGCAGCAGAGAUCGUCAGUGCUAAAAACUGAAAUUACCUUGUAUGUGGCCUGACUAUCGGAGGCAAUAAUACCUCAAAAGCUCUGGAAGCAAUUAAGACAGAGUUGGCUGAACUCAGACUGUACACAGCAUUAUCAAUUAGCACAACAAGGGUGAGUUUGUACAAUUAUUGGUGACAACUGUAUCACCCAUGUUGUUGAUGAGUUUUAUAACAUUACAGAAUCCAUCAGGAAUAUCCAAGAUCAGCUAGAUAAUUUUUGACAAAGAACCACAAUUACAAACAGCUGGCUAAAUUAGUUGCUAGGUAAAUCUUGGGGAUCCUAUUUGACACACAGGAUAGUUCUCCUCAUUGCACUCAUGCUAGUAUUCUGAGUGGGUCUCGGGUGUUUAAAGCUCUGCUGUAAGGUGCCACUGACGAGAACUGUACCAGCAGUGAGUGUCACCACAGAAGAGCCACCAAUGAAAUUGGCAUUCCAUGAUACCCCUUGGGAGGAGGCACUCCUAGAGAUGACCUAACUCUACAUGUAAAUUGGGUGGUCUGCGGGAGAUCUCCGAAGUCGCCUCCAUGACCACAAUGAGGGGAGUGAAGUGGGAGAUGGCACGGGGCAGAUGGACACACAAGAUGGCCGCUGGACACAAUAUGGA